AUGGCGGGAGGCCCGUGGCGCUAGCAGAGGCCGGCGGGGAGCAUGGAGAGCCGGGGGGUGACCACGGGGCCCUACCGGGCCACCAAGCUGUGGAAUGAAGUUACUACCUGUUUUCGAGCAGGGAUGCCUCUGAGAAAACACAGGCAGAACUUUAAAAAACAUGGCAACUGUUUUACUGCCUGUGAAGCAGUAGAUUGGCUGUAUGAACUAUUAAGAAGUAAUAGCAAUUUUGGUCCUGAAGUUACAAGACAACAGACUGUUCAGUUGCUAAGAAAAUUCCUCAAGAAUCAUGUAAUUGAAGAUGUUAAAGGAAGAUGGGGAUCAGAAAAUCUUGAUGACAACAGUCAGCUCUUCAGGUUUCCUACAACUUCUCCACUAAAAAGUAUACCACGCCAUCAUCCAGAAUUGAGAAAAAGCAGCUUAGAGAAUAUUUCUAAAGAGAAAGAAAGUAUCUUUAAGUUACGGCAUUUAUCUCGGAGAACUCCUAAAAAGCAUGUCUAUCAGGAAACUACAGAAAAUGUUAAAAGUGAAAUUGGAGGUGAAAAUAAAGAAAACCCAGUAGAAGAAAGGGAGAUAAGCCAAGAAGAUAUUGAAGAAAUUUGGAGACAUAUUAUUUUGAUGCACUUACAUACCAUCUUAGGUACACUGUCUUUAGAAGAAGUCUUGGAUCCAGCACAAGUAAUACCUCAGUAUAUAAUAUAUAACAUGGCCAAUACGAGUAAACACGGAGUAGUUGUAUUGCAAAACAAAGCAGACGACCUUCCUCACUGGGUACUAUCUGCUAUGAAGUGUCUAGCAAAUUGGCCAAGAAGUAAUGACCUGAGCCAACCAACUUACGUUGGAUUUGAACGAGAUGUAUUCCGAACCAUUGCUGACUAUUUUCUAGAUCUCCCAGAGCCGCUACUUACUUUCAAAUAUUAUGAGUUAUUUGUUAAUAUAUUGGUUGUCUGUGGCUACAUCACGGUUCCAAAUAGAACCAGUGGAAAACAUAAAAUCCAAGAUGAUCCACAGUCUUCAAAAGGCCUCCGUGUAAAUAGUAUGAACUCUUUCAAAUCAACUGAGUGUCUUCUUCUUAGUCUACUUCAUAAAGAGAAGCAUAAGGAAGAAUCAGAAACCCCUGAUACUCUUCAUGUAAAUGAGAAAGAAUUGAAAAACCAAUGCACUGAGAAGCUGCCCCUUUGCGAUCCAAGCAGCAGAAGAUCCAGGGCUAAUGUGUUAAUUGGAGGAAGUUGUCAGAACCUAACAGGUUUGAAAAAUGAACCUGUGUUGCCUCUAUCUAAGCUUAAGCCAAGGUGCUAUUCCUUGGAAAGAAUUGUAGAUACUUCAGGGUUUGGUAGUACAGACGGCCCGAGCUUCAGUCAGUCUGAUCUUAACGUAGCAGGACAAAAUAAAGAAAAACCAUUCUUGGAUUCUGAAUCUGAAGAGAACUCCAAACUGGCUACGUGUUCAGACGGAGAGAGUCCAAAGUCGUCCUGUGUUGGUUUUAAAAGAACUUCUACAGUAACUGUUGAAGACCAGGAGGAAUCAUGCAAUGGGAAAGUCAAGUCGAAACAGCUUUGUAGGUCUCAGAGUUUGCUUUUCAGUAAUCCUAGAAGAAGAAGUUGCCGCAUCAAUAUGCCUGUCGCUGAAAUUACCAUGAGGCCCAAUUGUGUGGGUCACCUUGGACAAAGCAUCACAGAUGUGUCUGUAGCCAUGGAGAGUGAGCCUUGGGAUUCCAGGACCACAGUCAGGAAAAGACUCUGCCAAAGUACCUUAGAGCUUUCAGGAAAGUCUUUUCCUUCAGAUUCUUCUAUGCUGACUGGCACGCAGAGUUUACUGCAGCCUCACUUAGAGAGAGUUGCCAUUGAUGCCCUGCAAGUAUGCUGCUUGUUGCUUCCUCCGCCAAACCGGAGAAAGCUCCAGCUUCUAAUGAGGAUGACUUCUCGGAUGAGUCAGAACGUUGAUAUGCCAAAACUUCAUGAUUUGAUGGGGACAAGAUCACUCAUGAUACAGACGUUUUCCCGAUGCGUGCUGCGCUGUGCUGAGGAAGUCGAUCUCGACGAGCUGCUUGCUGCACGGUUAGUUUCCUUUCUGAUGGAUCAUCAUCAAGAAAUUCUUCAAGUGCCAUCCCACUUACAGGCUGCCGUGGAGAAGCACCUGGACUGCCUGAGAAAGGGCCAUAUUACGUAUCCUGGGGAUGAGCUGAUUGCUGCUUUACCAACUUACUCCUAUUGUAAGCAGAUAAGCACCCAGGAGUUUGAUGAACAGAAAAUUUCUACCUCUCAGGUUGCAAUUGCAGAACUUUUGGAGAAUAUCAUCAAAGACAAAAGCUUAUCUCUAAAAGAAAAAAAGAAAAAAUUGAAGCAGUUUCAGAAGGAAUAUCCCGCCAUCUACCAGAAGAGAUUUCCGACAACAGAAAGUGAAGCCACCGUGUUUGGGGACAAGCCGACAAUCAGGCAACCAAUGCUAAUUCUAAGAAAGCCAAAGUUCCGUAGCCUUAGGUACUGACCGAUUAUCAGACGCUAUUAAAAGAAGCCAUAUACUGAAGGACGUUACGUUAAGGCAAUCUGCCUUUCCUGUCCUUUCCCAAAAUGAGCGUGUUACAGACAUAGAAAGGUGCCAAAGCAGUUAGUGCUUCCUCUGGAAGAUCACAUAGAACGCAGUAGGUCUCGAUGGAGAACAAAUGAAGAGUGAAGGCACGAUAAGUAACCAGAAGUUUUCUGAGCAUCUCAUGCAAACGACUGGAAAAGCCAUGACCAUGUGGGCUAUAACUUGAUGCACAUGACUGUUGGCCAAAGGAUGCCUGAGCAGCAAGACGAACUCAGAAUUCUUUGAAAAGAUUUACUCACGUGUGCUAUGUGGACAUGCUGGGACAUGAAGUUCUAGGUGAUUAGGGUUGCUAGUUAACUGUUUAGUCCAAGGAUAGCUUAGUGAGGAAUUUUUAUAAACUCAGUAACUUAUAUGUUCUGCUACGUUUUGCACUCAUAUGUUUUUCCAUAUUUUUUAUAUAUUUGUGUGUAUUUGUUCAAAAGCUGAAAACAAUAUAACAUUUCACUUGUUUUCUGACACAUUUACUAUAUUUCUGUCUGGUGGUUCAACCAGAUGAGAUGCGUGCUGUGUUAAGGAUACGAAAGAAAUGUUAGCCUUGGCCUGUGUCUCCCAACCCAGGAGUGCGAGGCCCUGACUCCACCUAGUCUUACCUUCUCCACUUGGACCCAUUUGGGGCCCAGUUUGAGGGGAACACCUUUCAUAGGCACAAACCCAGGGCCAGGGUUAGUUCCGACAGAUGUCUUUGUAAAAUCCCAGUAGUCCUUGCCCUACCUCCUGCACAGAAUUGUGGUGAAGAGUGUUCUUUAGAAAGGUCACCUGCUCAAGAAGGAUGAUGCCUUGUUCACCCAGGAAGAUGUCACGAAUAACAUGGAAAUGGGGGUAGGGAGCUGCUUAUACUGAGCACCCUCACGACGUGGACUUCCUCCUCCAGUUUACAAAUUUGUUCUCCACCCUAAUAAUUUAACCCUUUCAGUCAAAAAAGAGGCUGAAUUGAGAAAUAGGGUACAUUCAGCUUCUCAGUGGAAUUUCAUGAUGCCUUAAUUGCUAAAUGAUAGCAUUCUAUUUAACGUGUUACCACUUUUUAUUAAAAGGUUGGAUAGUUUAAAGAGAGAUGGUUCAGAUAAGUAUACAUUUCAUCCAGAGAGCUUGUCUCUAAAAUUGCUGAACAUACUGAACCCAAUUACAUCUUAAGUAUGUCCAAGUACUUUGUAUACAAGCAUUUUUGCUGUUUAAAAAUAUGUGAUAAUGUGAUUGUGCUGGAAGUUGAGGUGAAAAUCAUUAUGUGGAUUUUUUGUAAUGGCUUAAUUUUGUUUAUUUGUAUAUUU